AAAGGGGAGGAGGGAGAAAAACUUGCUGGCACCGCCUGCCAUAUUCACAGCACAUCUCAGCAAUUUAUCGCAUCAGCGCAUCUAACCCUAAACUGUGCGUAAGACUCUGCGUCCGCUUGGAGUCUGCGUCCACCCGCUGCUGCUUGUCUUCCAGGUACUGGGGACUUCACACACAGUUAUUUGGCUACUGAUGUCGUGGAGAUAAACCCGUUAUCUCCCAUCUUCUUGUCGCCGUGCCUCCCACCCCCUCUGCGCUUCUGUCGACACCGGGUGGCGGAUCGGACUCGCUGGAUGGAUGCUCCACUUCUCCAACUGCUCUGAAGCUUUUCCCUCCUGUAUGUUCUUUUAUCAUCUAGAUCCCCCGAGAAAACUAAACACAAACAACUAAAAACAACAACGAUGACAGACCUGGCGACCCAACAAGAGUCCCUCCCCGUCCCGGACCCGACAGUGGUGGAUCCGUUCGCGACCCCCUUGCGGAACGGCCAGUGCGCCCCCCCGGCGGAUGGUUUUACCAACCAUCACCAGAACCAGAAUCAGCAGCAGCCGGAGCCCCUGAGCACCGGCCAGGAAAUGAAAAUUACGGACAGCGUAGAGGGAGAAGGUCUACUGGAGAGCAGCAUGCGUCUGAAGCCGCAUGAGGCUCAGAGCUACAGGAAGAAGGCUCUCUGGGUCUCCUGGAUCUCCAUCGUGGUCACGCUCAUACUUGCUGUGGCAGCUUUCACUGUUUCAUUCAUGAGACACAGUGCGUCAGCCUUUGGAUUUGCUUUUGAUGCCACACUGGAUGUGCUGUCAUCAGUCAUUGUCCUCUGGCGCUACAGCAAUGCAGCCGCUGUACAUUCUGCACACAGAGAGUAUAUAGCAUGUGUGGUCCUUGGCAUUGUGUUUGUUCUCUCCUCCAUGUGCAUCCUGGGAAAAGCCAUUCAUGAUCUGGCGACUCGGAUGCCUCCAGAAGUGGAUGACUUCCUGUUCAGUGUGUCCAUAGUCAGUGGGCUAACAUGUGCUGUCCUGGCUGUGCUGAAGUUUAUGCUGGGACGAGUACUGACUAGUCGGGCACUCAUCACUGAUGGGUUUAACUCUUUGGUCGGUGCUGUCAUGGGGUUUUCCAUCCUGAUCAGUGCCGAGGUUUUCAAGCAGCAUCCUGACGUCUGGUUUCUGGAUGGAACCAUUGGAGUUCUCAUUGGACUCAUCAUUUUGGCAUAUGGGGUCAAACUUCUGAAGGACAUGGUUCCGCGUGUUCGACAGACAAGGAACUACGAACGCUUUGAAUGACAACCUGUUCAUCAACCUGAAGAGAAGUUCACUCUGUCUCUCACACACACCUCCAUCCCUUCGUCUUCUUCUCUCUGUGUUUUAUACACAUGUACAUGCAUAUGUGACUUGCACAUUCACAAGUACAUAAAUACACACUUUCAUGGUCAUGAAUACACGUGUACUGUAUAUACUGUAUAAAUUACAUGCAUACAUACUAUACACAUAUGUCAGACUUGACUGGAUACAGAAACUAAGUGCUUACAUUUACAAGUAUUCUUUACUUUUUGUCUUUUGUUCAUGAAACCUCUGGUUAAAAAUUCACCCAUCCCUCUGUGAUCCAUUUAAGGCUCAUAGGGAGAAGUGGAGUUUGGGUCACACUAGUGCAGUGCUUUAAAUGAUGUAGCUUAGGUUGUAUUUACACACACAAACUUUCAGAUGAGGUUAUGUUAAAAGGAUUAAAUUUGGUUCAAAAUGAGGAAAGUUGGCGACUCUUGAUAUAAAAAAAACUGCAGUCAGAAUGCAUCACCUACUGCUAUGACCUUUAAAAAUUUUGUGUUUGCCCAUUAAUCCCAUCCAUAUUGAAAAAUAUAAAACCCCACUGACAGAUCAGCCCAGUCAUCUAUAUUUCUAUUAUUAUUAAUUUGUAUGAGUUGUCACCUACAUGUUUUACCUAAAGCACAGAGAAUUUGUCUAAACACCAGCCCUCCUACAUCAGUGCAUUCACUAUUCAUCCUAAUUUGUUGCACAGACCUGGAAGGGGAGAAAGAGGCUCAGUCAGAGGAAGUAGACAGUGCUGAAUCAGCAAAUGCUGCAUUCACUGGCCGAACACAAAGGUGAAAAGCUUUAGCAAGCACAGCCAGGUCAGCUUUGGUUUGAAAACUACAACUCAAAUUAACUAAAGAGAGGAGAUACUAAAGGCACAUUUUUGUCCUUCAAUGAAGCUGAAGUCAUUGGACCUGUUUAUAUCACAGGCACCUCCUGUACUGUAUGUGAUGUGACCAAGGACAAACCAGCAACAUCUCCUUCAGUCACUGGUGAUUCUAGUGGAGAGUUUAGAGUCAUAUCUAUAGAGUGCUGUAUCCCAAUUCACCCCUUGGCACUCUUACCCCUUCUCCUCCAUUUUGCGCGUACACUUGAAGGGGUAGUGUUCUCCCAAUUCUCAAUUAGACGGAGGGGAAGGGCUAAGGUGGAGGGCUGUAUAGCCCUUGAAAUGGAGAUUUUUCAGGACCACACUACGAACGGAGGGGUAGGAGAA